AUGCUUCCCAUAAUCCUCCUGGCCCUAGUCCAUCCAAUUUAUUGCGAGCUGUUUUCCUCCUCGCGAUGGAUCCUUGACUCCAACAACCAGCGGGUUAAGUUGCGAUGCGUAAACUGGGCCGGGCAUAUGGAGGUCAACAUCCCCGAAGGCCUGCACCACCAAUCCAUUGACACCAUCACGACCUGGAUCGCAGGCAAUGGAUUCAACUGUGUGCGGUUAACAUAUUCCAUCGACAUGGCUCUAAAUCCCACUGUUAAAGUCGCGGGUUCCUUCUCCGCAGCGGCUGACCUCGCUGGGGUAUCCUCAGCUGACAUGGAGUCCCUUUACACGCAAGCCCUCACACAUAACCCCCAAUUAGAGAACGCCACCAGACUAGACGUCUUCGCCGCUGUCAUCGACUCCCUCCAUAUCAAAGGCCUCUACACCAUCCUCGACAACCACGUCUCCCGAGCAAGCUGGUGUUGCGACUUCAGAGACGGAAACGGAUGGUGGGAUACCGCCCAGGGAUACAACGACAUGAACAGCCGAUACUUCAAUACCGAGAAUUGGCUUCAAGGUCUGCAAUCCAUGGCAAGAUUCGCUAAAUCGCACCCGGGAGUCGUUGGAAUGUCCCUCCGGAACGAACUCCGCGCUCUCCCUCUUAUUCAAGACCUUAAUAACCACAACGACUGGUAUAAGCUGAUCGCAGAAGCUGCCCAACAAGUCCAUACCGAAAAUCCCAAUCUCUUGGUCAUUAUUGGAGGCGUAAAUGGCGGCACCGAUUUAUCCUUCAUUCGGACACGACCACUUGAUACUUCUGCAUGGGGGAACAAACAUGUCUGGGAAUUCCACGCUUACUCAUUCACAGUUACAAACCCAAAUCCAACGGGAUCAUGCUCGGUAGCAUCCGCUGAGUAUGGAAUGUUCGAAGGAUUCCUUUUGACGCAGGGGAAGGACUAUACGGGGCCGCUUUUUCUGUCGGAGUUUGGGGUCGGGAUGACUGGAGGGCCGGAGGGGAAUCACGGUAUUCCGGAUAAGGAUUACAAGUAUCUGAAGUGCUUAGUGGAAUACAUGGAGAACAAUGAUGCAGAUUGGGCGGUAUGGGCGCUCCAGGGAAGUUAUUAUGUGAGGGAUAAGACGGUGGAUAUGGAUGAGAGCUACGGGUUGUUGACUCGGGAUUGGAGCGGAUGGCGGAAUCCCGACUUCAAAGGGCUUUUGGGAAAGAUGGUGGAUGUGGCGCAGGGGCCGUAG